UCCGUCAAACUAUAAAAACAAGUCACCCACAUAAGCAAGGAUCUACGACUGUUACACGGCGUAGGAAACCUCUCGUCAACGUAGCCAAGGGAACUUUGUGGCUAUAGCGGACCCAGACUGACCACAGUGGAACGACAAGUCAUACGUAACUGCGAUAUAAAGUAAUUUCCGAAAGUAAUACGACGGUGUCAUUGGGAGAAGGACUUGCAUAUAACUACUAUGCCGGCUACCUAAAUCUGGUAUUGCCUAGUGUGGCAGAUAGGAUCAGCAGCAGUGAAUAUGGCAAAAGCACAACAAAUAAGAAGUUGUUUAUUUUAAUCCCUGCUAAUGGUGAGAUGCCAGGGAAGCUGCAGGACGUCGACAAGAGCAUAGGACAGGUUGGAACGUUAGCUCCAUUGAUGAUAGACAGAGCUGGAUUCAAAAGAAAGUACCCUAACAACGUCUAUGGAUUAGUUCGUAAUGAAAAGGAGGUAACGUUCGUCGCUGACAUGCCAGCAAAUCUGCUCACGCUCCGAGACAUGACAGAAGAUUUCGAGCUGACUGGCUUCACAGAGCAGGAUAAGCUGCAGGAGGUGAAGAAGUAUGCUGCGUUCUUGAAGAAAAUUCUAGAGAGGCAAUCCCAUCUGUCUGGGACGUACGAAAUUGUUGUCUACAAUGAAGAUGCUGCAAUGCUGGAUGCUGUUCAGCACUUUCUUUGAAAUUGAGGCGAGGUCCAAUCAAGAUAAUAUAUAUAUAUAUAUCAUAUAUAUAUAUAUAUAUAUCAUAUAUAUAUAUCAAUAUAAUAUAUAAUAUAAUCUUUCGUAAUUGUUGUAUAUUUGUAGUAGUCCUUAGCCAAUAUAUUAUAUAAAUAACGUAACAAUAGCCGGCAGGCAAGUAUGACUUUUGAACAAACCACGUGACAAAAUAGGCAAAUGAUCUCCCGUACCGGCUUGAAUAUAUAGACACACCCCUUAUGGGACUUGUAUAAACGUCAUACAUGUCUGCCGUAGUCAUGAACUGAUUGGGUGUGUCUAUAUUCAAGCCAAAACGGGAGAUCAUUUGCAUAUUUUGUCACGUGGUUUGUUCAAACGUCAAACUUGCCUGCCGGCUAUUGUUACGUUAUUUGACUAAUAUAUUGGCUAAGAACUACUACAAAUAUACAACAAUUAUGAAAAAUUAUACAAUGUAUAAUGUAUAUAUGUAGAUAUG